GAUCCAGCUGUCAAGCAGAUUAUACUCAAUUUGAACGAUAAAUCAAAGUUUAUUGUCCAGGAUUUAGAUCUCCAGCAUAUACUAGUCAGCCCAGACAGCGUACAGUCUAUAAAGUACGAAUUGGAGAACGAGGUGUGUAGAACAGUACACAGAACAUCCGCCGUCUGA